AUGGAUAAAAAACAGGAAAAGAAAAUAAAACGGAAAAAGGAAAAGGAAAAGGAAAAGGAAAAGGAAACGAGUUAUUUCUCUGAAACUGUUACGUUUUGCGGCACGAUAGUUCGGGACUCAAUGGUGAACGUAGCAGAGACAAUACAAAAUAAUUACUAUCCGAUCAAGGAAUCUAUAUUAAACAUAUACGACAGUUAUUUUUGUGAAAAUACACAGCAAAGUAACAGUAGGGUGAAUGGAGGUGUACCUUUUUUUACUGUAAAUCAAGAGAAUUCAAAAAAAAAAUAA